CGAAACCUGUCACACCAGCAGGAGUACGGGACUGCUCUUGAGCCCCCACCCCCAGACUUCCUUCCUCUCUUGGGGGGUACAAGUCUGGCAAGUGAGAGAGGCAGCGGCAUCUGACUGGGGCAGUCUUCCCAAGAAGAUGCAGCUGCUCCUGUUCCUGAUGGCCUUUCUCCUACCCCCCGGGGCUGGGGCAGGGGAGAUCAUCGGAGGCCAAGAGGCCAGGCCUCAUUCCCGCCCCUACAUGGCUUUUCUUAUAAUCCAGACUCCAGUGGGGUACAGCACCUGCGGGGGUUUCCUGGUGAGAGAAGACUUUGUGCUGACGGCAGCUCACUGCUGGGGAAGUCCUAUCACUGUCAUCCUGGGGGCCCACAACAUCAGGAGGGAGGAAAGAACCCAGCAGCGCAGGUCUGUGCUCAGAGCCAUCCGCCACCCUGAUUACAAUCAACAGAGCAACGUGAAUGACAUCAUGUUACUGCAGCUGGAAAACAGAAUCCAACAGAGUGAAGCUGUGAGGACAGUGUCUCUGCCUCAGGCACAGGCCAGACUGAGACCUGGGGCUGUGUGCACCGUGGCAGGCUGGGGCCUGGUGAGCCUGAGCAGGAGUACAAACAGACUCCAUGAGGUGCAGCUAACUGUGCAGAGGGAUAGCAGGUGCCGCGAUCGCUUCAAUUUCUACACCGGCCAAACACAAAUUUGUGUGGGGAACCCAAGUUCGAGGAAGUCCGCCUUCCUGGGGGACUCCGGAGGCCCCCUGAUAUGUAACAAUGUGGCCGAGGGGAUUGUCUCCUAUGGAGACAGGAGGGGGAUUCCUCCCGCAGUCUUCACCAGGGUGUCCAGCUUCGUGAACUGGAUAAACAGAACAAUGGAACGCUUCAAGCAGCAGAACCAGACCUGGACGCCGCUGUGACUGAUUCUGCUCUGGGGCGGCUCCAGAGGGGGUGGCCAGAGCCUUAAUAAAUGUCCAUGUCUAGAGUGGAAUUAACUAACUUUUCAUGGGUUCAUUAAACAUCAUUCGGUACACAACAAGCACAUGCCAGGACAGAGUCUGGGCUCCUCCAGGAAAAUGGGGUUCUUCCCCAGGACAAAUUAACCCCUCCCACACCACUCUGGAGAUCAGGAUGAGCUACUUCCUUCCUCCUGGCCAUCCAUUCCCUCAUUUCUCCUCCCCCCACCACCUGGGAGAAGGGUGGAAAGACAUAUCUCUUCUCAGGACAAAGCUCUCUACUCUUCACCCUACCAGAGAUUCCCCUACUAGGUAUUAAAGUAGACUCUAAAACUGUAUGCCAGUGCUAUGUGUAGGGCAGGGAGACCAAAGGGACAGAGUUGAAAUUCAAUACAAAGCUUGAUUUAAUAUAUGAUAAAGGUGGCAUCUCAAAUCACCGAGAAACAAUGAAUUUUCAAUAGAUGGUAUUGGAACAACGAGAUAGUCAUUUGGGGGGAAAAAGAUAAAAUUGGACCUACUCCUUGCACUGUAAGCCACAAUAAACCUCAAAUGAA